CCAGCCCUGCCAUCACCACACCACACUCUCCUCCCGCGCCGCAACACCACCCUCGCACGGCUGCGAGACGGCAUCAUAUCACCAGAAGCUACUCUCAACGACCACUGCGCUUCGCCUCCCACCCCGAUACCGCAUCUCCGACCGGCCAGGCGCCCUCCCCGAACCACAUCGCAAUCAUGAAGCCCGUAGUAUCCGCAUUCAACGCAUGGACAUGCAUCGUCAUCUCCAUCUUCGGCAUCGUAAUCCUCAGCACAAUCGGCAGCAUGUUCGCCACAAAUCACCACAGCAUGAUGGGGUCAAACGAGGACCCCAAAGACGGGAAAGCCGUCGCAGCGGCAGUAUUCGGCGCUGUGAUUGUAUACGCGGUCUUCCUCGUAUUCUGCGCAUGUCAAGCCCUGAUGCAUAAAAGACAAUCUGGACGAGGCGAGAUCGCGCUACGAUAGAGCUGAAAGUGGACGAGGAGCAACAGCAGCAGGAAUAGAAUCAUAAGCGUGUAAGACAAUGCUGGACGCAAUCAAAGUCUACACCCUCUCUGCGGAAGGAGAAAAGCGAUCGUGGAAUGAACAUACGAGCGCUCCUUUCGUGGAGAGCAGGAGGAGUUAGGGAGAAAUAGAACCGAGCGUGCAAGGUUUGAGGAUUUAUCGUGUGCAUGAAGCGCAUUUAUCUGUCCGUAGUAGCGUGUAAAUCAACGGAGAUUAUCAACACGA